UAUCUUCAGUAUUUCAAUUUUAAAAUCACAAAAUGAAAGGGUCCCUUGCUUUGGUGUUUCUGUUUUUAGCAAGCAGUCUUGCUCUGUCAUCUUCCAUGACCGAACUGGAGAUGAUAGAAAAUGAAUUCCUUACUGAUUGUGCAAAGCGGGAAAAUGUGUCAGUCGAUGGUAUUUCGGAAUAUUUGAUGAAGAGGACUAAUGUAGAGUACAAAACAAUGUGCGCUUUAAGCUGCUAUUUUCAAAUAUCACCUGGGAUACAAUUCGUUCUUGGUGAAUUAAAAAAUGAAUACGGACUAGAUUCCUGUAACACGAUCACAAGAGACGAUGAAUGCGAGGAGGGCUUUAAACAAAUUGAGUGCUACUUUCAAAAAUUUGUAUAAUUUCUGGUUCUUAGAAAAGUAAACUAUAGUUCCCUAUUGAAUAA